CGUUUAAGGAGGAGGUUCACGUCGACAUGUCUCUGACUUGAACACGCGUAUAUGUGUAAUGUAAUCCAGAAUAAACAUUAAGGCAUCCGUAUCUAAGCCGAUAAAAUUAGGCGGUACAUUUUAGGCAAAUUGUGGAGUCACGUUCGAAUUUUGAAUUUGUUGUUGUAAAGGGAUUGUUUAAUUAUGUGGAAGUUCUAAAUGGUUAUCGUGGAUAAGCAAGUUCAGUGUGGUGUAAAUUAUUAUUGCGUGUUGGAUUAUUCUGCUACAUUAGGGAAGAUGACAUGUUUGUCAAAGCGCUGAAGAAUCGACCAACUCUUUUGCAUGGAGUAGAAGAAUUAAAAAUAGAAAUGUAAGAUGCCUUGAGAAACGAUUUACUUACGAGGGUCGUCCUCGUCAAGUAGACAAGUAUGAAGACGUUUCAUAAGCAGCUCCUCACGAUUCUUCUUCUACUUCAUGCAAGUCUUAACGAGGCUGUAGAUCUAUCACAAUGUAUAGCUCCUCUGGGAAUGGAAAAUGGGGCAAUCAAAGACGAGGACAUAACCGCAAGCUCUUCGUUCGAUAGCGGUAAUGUGGGUCCUCAUCACGGCCGGGUGCGAACAGACCGAAAUGGAGGCGCUUGGUGUCCAUUGAAGCAGGCAACAACAGAGCCCGAAGAAUGGAUCCAAAUAGAUUUGAAAACUGUUCAUAUGAUAACAGCAACCGGAACCCAGGGCCGCUUUGGUAACGGGGUCGGAAUUGAAUACGCGGAAGCUUACAUGUUGGAAUAUUGGCGACCCAAGCUCUCGAAAUGGAUACGUUAUCAUAACAGCAAAGGCGAGGAGGUCUUGCCUGGCAACAUCAAUACAUAUCUCGAAUCGAAGAACACUUUAGUGCCUCCCAUAUGGGUGAGCAAAAUCCGCUUCUACCCCUACAGCUACCACAAAAGAACUGUUUGUAUGAGAGUAGAACUGUAUGGCUGUCGGUAUACAGAUGGAAUCGUCAGCUACUCUAUGCCCCAAGGGGACAAAAGAGGGUCAAAUUGGGAGUUUUACGAUUUUGGGUAUGACGGCCAUUGGGACGGAGACGAGCUAAAACAUGGUUUGGGCCAACUAAUCGACGGAAUUUUCGGCCACGAUGACUUCAAAACGGAUUUUUACGACGAAGCACAAACGUGGGUCGGCUGGAAAAACGACACUCGACAAAACAAACCGAUCGAAAUCAAAUUCGAGUUUGACCGUGUUCGCGAAUUUUCCGCUGUUCACAUCUACGGCAAUAACCAAUUCACAAAAGAUGUUCAAAUUUUUUCACAUGCCAAAGUUAUGUUUAGUGUAGGAGGCAAGCGCUUCAAGGGCGAACCCAUCACUUACGAGUACAUGGAAGACCGCAUCUUCGAAAACGCCCGCAAUGUGACCAUCAAACUCCACCACCGAGUGGGACGUUUCGUCAAAAUUCAGCUCCAUUUUGCCGCCAAGUGGCUGCUUGUGAGCGAGAUAACUUUCGAUUCCGUGGUCGCGCACGGGAACUUCACCGUGGAGUCGGAGCCGACGACUGUGCCCUCGGUUAGGGGCCACAGUGGUGAUAGACACCACGAGCACAAGAUAGAAAUACCGGUCCCGAAUAAGAUAAACGAGCCGGCUUAUUUGACAAUCAUCGUGAUUGGGUUAGCAUUUAUUAUCCUGUUGUUAGGUGGAGUGAUUUACUUGAUCAUCCACCGCUUCCGGAAUCGAAAAUUCUUCCGAAGCCCGAAUUCCUCCAACAUUGGUUUUCCGGGCGACACUUUGCCGCAUCUUCAGCCGGAGUCGGUAUUGGGGAUGAGCGAGAAGGGGAGCUCGAUUGAGGCAUACGGGGUUACAGAAAUUGAGGAUUACCGCAGAAGUCAUGGUACUUUGAAGUCGAGCUUGCGGUCAACUUUGCCUUUGCCACAUCCUGGACAUAUGUCGGAGAGCAACGAAUAUCAAGAACCAUAUCAAGCUUUAAAAUAUGCGCCCUAUUAUAGCUAUAGCUCGGUGGUUAUGGAAAUGCAGGAUACUAUGCCCAACAGUAUUAAAAAAUGCCCUAUCCAGCAAAUAGAUGCUUAUGAUUACGCAGUACCUGAGCCUGGGACUCUUCCGCUUCUUGGUUCGGACAAUACAUUGCCAAUAAAUAGAAGUAGAAUGAGUAGUGUGUCUUUGAAAAGUCAGAAAAUGAAUUCGAGAAACAGCCACAGUGAAGGUAAAAGGUCUCCAACGCAACAAGAAGCUCUAAUCGCACUAAAAAAACGCUUAGAAGACACACAACUUGUAGAGUUUCCAAGGCAUCGAUUGCGGAUGUUAUCGAAACUUUCUGAAGGAGCAUUUGGAACGGUAUACAUCGCUGAGGCGGAUGGAAUCACCGAAUACUCUUCAUCAAUGUCUUUGGGGACGAGAUUGGUGGCAAUAAAAUUCUUGGGCGAAAAUGCCUCUGAGAAAGAAAAGAAGGAUUUCUACCGCGAUGUGCGAAUUCUGGCGGCUCUGGAGGACCCGAACAUUGCCCGUGUUUUGGGUAUAUGUAGCCAAGAGGAACCGAUUUGUGUGGUGAUGGAGUAUUUAGAUCACGGUGAUCUGUGUCAGUUCUUAAAAACACAUGUUGCUGCGGACAACAAUACCAGUUUGCCAUACGGUGUUAAGUCACUUUCUUUUAGUUGCCUUUUAUACAUGGGUGCUCAAAUAGCCUCGGGCAUGCGUUAUUUGGAGUCCCUCAACUUCGUACAUCGAGAUUUAGCGACGAGAAACUGCUUGAUAGGCAAAGGAUAUCAGAUCAAGAUUUGCGAUUUUGGUACUUACAACGAACUUUAUAUCAAUGAUUAUUACAAAGUCGACGGGAAUACACCGCUGCCCAUCCGGUGGAUGGCUUGGGAGUCGGUUUACCAAGCCAAGUAUACCACCAAGAGUGACGUGUGGGCGUUUGCUGUCACCUUGUGGGAAAUUCUGACGCUGUGUCGAAGACCGCCUUAUGACUCUUUACCAGAUCCUGAAGUUAUGGAGAAUUUAGCACACAUGCACUGUGAUGAUGGACAGUAUAUGUAUCUACCUCGACCCACAGCUAACAAAGAUAUUUAUGAUUUAAUGCUUGAGUGCUGGAGACGGAAAGAUGUUGAACGGCCGACUUUUAGAGAGAUUCACAUAUUCUUGCAAAGGAAAACUUUAGGAUACGCUCCUGCAUAGUUUAGGAAGACUGGUUAGAUAUAGAGGGAUCAACAUUUAUGUACAUAGAACACAGGGUGAUAAUAUCUAUUUUUAUUUUAAAUAAAUAAUUAUGUUUAUACUUUGUUUUGUAUAAAUUCAGUUAGGCUUAUGUAUUAUACUUUGACAAGUGUUUUUAUUAACAGAUUCUCUACAUAAAUCGCAUGUGAAAUGCAAGAAUCGAUUCACAGUAUUUAUUUAUAUUGGAGAAAUGUAAAAUCUAUACAAAUUAGGACAUAAUUUAUAAGUGAAUCUAUUUUUUAACGUCUGUUAAUACAAACAAUGUGUACCUACCCAUGCUUUACCCAUUUGUUAUAUAAACUCUUCACAAGGCACAAUAAUUCAAGACAAUGUAUAGAUAAUAUUGUAAAAGUAAUAAUAUCAGUGUUAUAUAAUUAUAUUUACUAGUCAAUUGAGGCGCCUAAGUAAAAUAUUUUCAACGACUUAAUGAUGUCACAAAGGAGCUUAUGAAGGAAAA